GAUCGGUUGAAGAUUUGAAAUACAGAACAACAACAGACUGUUUGGUUGUAACAGUUACAGGAUUUUAGAGGCAAAUAUUUAAUAAAUAUUUUUGCAAGUUGACGUUCCACAAUGGUCUGCGACUGAAACUGAGAGACACUAACGGCAGCAGAUUAAAAGUCACUUGAGCUUUCUGCUGAGCAAAGAAGACACGAACAACAGCAAAGACGAACACCUCAAGUGAAGACAAAGAGAAAAUAGCAAUGUUCAAAACCAUCACACGGCUGUUUUUUGGAGGAGAGGAGGAGACCCCUGAAGAUGUCAAGUCUGGAGAAGUGGUGGAAGAAGGGUGGCUUGUUGUGAGUCAUCAAGAGGCAGGUUCAGCAGAGAACCAGGGUGCAGAGCUGAAUGACACCCAGCCAUCACACUCUGCUCCUCAUGGAGACACAGCUACAAACAUGAAGACUGACAACAGUGUGUUAGAUGUGGAGCCCAUAGUUCAAAGCAGCAGCAGCGAUAGUCAGGCCAUCACAGGCUCUGUUCCUCUGCCGAAAGCUUUGGUAGAAGUGACACAGUUAACCUGCAUCCAGAAGGCUAAGGCCCGGGCGGACCCACACCACAUGUCUCGUAACGCCAUUCAGCGCCAGAACCGCGUUCGCCAAGGAAUCCAGCAUCACUCCUUCCACCUCCAACAGCCAGGACACCGCAACCUCAGCCACUGAGGCCCUGAUUGUACAACUAGGAAAACACACAUCAUACUUAUUAAACACACACAUACACACGUUUUACUCUUGUGCAUAUUUAAGCUAUACAUCAGACCUUGAUGUAACCCGUGAUAACAACACUACACCAGGCAGCUACAUUAUAACUCGUACUGUAUUUUAUUUGGAAUGAAGAUGUUCACCUCAUGAAAUGAGAUGUUUUCUUGUUUGUGUGCAUGAGUGCAGCCUAUGCACAAUGUAUCCUCAAACAUUUUAGACAAAGUACUGUAACUUGUGUAUCAACAUGCAUUUAUUUACUUGUAUGUAACUGGUUUAAAACCUUUUUAUACAGCAAUAAAAAUGAUGACUUUGCAGCUA